AUGGCAGCGGACUCACUCCCAAGCUCAAACUCAAAGACACAGUCAUCCGGGAGCUGUCUCUGCUCGGGCUCUAAUCAUGAAGGAUCAUCGCGCUCCAGCUCCUCCGCAUCAGACCGUUGCUCCCACUGUAGCUUUCGGCCCCGGUCCCCACCUCUGGGACGCCCCGCAUCCGGAGGCCGCGACAGGAACGCCCUCGGACACUUUCAUCUCUCGAACUCAGCUACCGGUGUCGCCAAUGGAAGUGAUCCCCUGGGAGACGAACUUGGUGCUCAAUGGGAAGAUAGCAAGAAACUCAACCACCAACUGCCCCAUCAUAUGCCCAAGUUGCCGAACAUGAACUGA